UUGAAAAUGAGGUGAGAUUAACUUUUAUGAAGAAUAAUGAUAACUUAGUCUAAUUUUAAAGAACAAAUCUACAAGAAGCUAAAGAAACCUCUACCCUGAGAGUUUUGGGAUUAUUGGAUCAGGUUGUUAGGAUUCUAAUCUGAUUUAAAAAAAAACUGGAAAUAUUUGUGAAAAUCUCCCCCAAAUUCUAGACUUUAUGAGUCUCAAUUUUUUAAUUUUACAAACAGAAGGAGGAGGAAGAGGAACAAAGAGGCAGAAGAAAAACAACUGAUUCUCUUUCAUCCAAAAAAGAAAUCUGUGUUGUUCAGAACUAGAAGGAAACGAUAUAUAAUAGGAAACAAAUCAAACAGCACCUAAGGCUCACUGAUAUCACCCUCUACACUUUCUCCAGCCCACCUCCAGGCAUCAGUCUUCAUUAGACUCUUGCACCAAGGUGGAACACAAGCCAUGGAAAUGGAGGAAAUAUGACCCUCACUUUGGACAUUUUGCAAUACUUGUCAGGAGCACCUGAAAACAAUUUAAGUCAAAGUGAUAUAUGCAGCCUUCUGGGCAGAGGAAGCAUCUCUUGGCGAUGGCUCCUUUGGCCUGACACCUCAAGGCAAUCGCUUUAUAAGCUUUCUUUAGAAGGAGCAUGUUUAUUAGGUUAUGGGGACCAUUUUCAGUGGGAAAUAAGGAUCCUGAUUAGAGAAAGAAAUAUAUCGAACAUCAUUGCCUAAAGAUUUGUUCCUUUUAAUGCAUGUUAUCAUCUUAGGUGAAUAAUUUGUAGCAUUCAAACUAUCACAAAGCAUAAAGUGUUUAGCUCACAGCACAGUUAACCCCCCCCACACACUCUACAUCCACCCACUAAUACACUAAUACACACAAAUAAAAGUUAAGACUGGCAUUAAAUAUCUGGUUUCCAUUUUUAGGCAGAUGCAUGAGAAAGGGAUCUGUCCAUAUUUCAGUAAAGCCGUUAAAACUGAGGUCCAAUUUUUUUAAAGUCCUCAUACAUCUUUCAGGCCAGUGUUUGGAUGACACUAUUCAUCACAGAAGCUUGCCAGUUUGAGGCAGCAAUCAGUGCGCGUUUUUGUUUAAAAGAAAUGACUGUGAGUGGAUCCACGAACAACUUUGCUACCCAGAUGGCAACAAUUUUCGGACAGAUUGUGCAACGGGUAUCAAUUAUUUUUAAUUAAGCUGGCUUCCCUCAGCCCCGACAGUCUACCUCUUAAACAGUUUUCUGAGUGAUGUGCAGGGUGACCUUUUGCUGAUGGAAGAUGAAUAAUAGCUUUGAAGAUUGAACACUAUUACCUGAAUUCCUGGGCCACAGACAUCACUGCUCUAUCCAGUUGUGAAACCACACGAAAAGUAAAUAUGCAUGACUAUGACAGUAUUUUCAAUUCAAUUAAAGCCGCAGGUAACUUGUGUGCAUGAGCCAUGGGAAUGACGCAACCAAGGACACGGGAUAUAUAAAUGCCGUGUGUCUGAGCAGGGUCAUUCAAACCCUGAACAUCCUUCUCCCCUCUCAACAUGUCCUGCAACAGCUGCUCCAGAAACUUCUCCUCCCUGUCCUUUGGGGGCCAACUGCAAUACCCGGUCUCUUCCUCCUACCCCAACAAUGUCUUCUACAGCACUGACCUCCAAACUCCCAUCACCCACCAGCUGGGCUCCUCUGUCUACAGUGGGUGUCAGGAAACCCUCUGUGAGCCCACCAGCUUCCAGACAUCCUAUGUGGUCUCCAGACCCUGCCAGAGGCCUUGCUACCACCAGAGGAUUCCAGCGUCCUACAGACCCUGCCAGUCAACUUUCUCAGGAUCUCUGGGCUUUGGUUCCAGGGGCUUCCAGUCUUUUGGUUAUGGUUACCCAACCUUGGGCUUUGGAUCCCACGGUUUCCAGUCAGUGAGAUGCGGUACUCGCGCUUUCUCAUCCCUAAAUCUCAGAUCCAGCUUUUACCGUCCAACUUGUUUCUCUACUAAAAGUUGCCAAUCUGUUUCUUACCAGCCAACCUGUGGGAACGGCUUCUUCUGAUCUUAUACUGGGGAAACCAGAAAUGUAAAAGGUGCCUACUACCUACUGUGUUAAGGGUCACACUGUCUUUUGAUCUCCUAUGUUAGUCUAGGAAUUUGACUGCUACCCACUCUUAUGAGUCCCUGUAAUCAGAGCAUGUAUUUCAUGGGAGAAAGAUGCUAAAUGGUUUUCUUACCAUUAUAUAGACAUGCAAAAACCAAACAUAAUUCUUUCUUCCUGUAUAUUUUAGUAUAUCUUAGACUGACA